AACAGUAUGGCAGAAAACAAGGCCAGGAGUAGUGCUAACCCAUGCACCACGUUGGUGAUAACCACUGUUGCAUGACGCCGAUCAUACUUCUCAUUUUAGGGCGUUUAUUAGGUUGAAAUAUGUCGAAGGAAAGAGAAUUUAAAGAGUUGAACGCGUUUGGUUUUUAUCAGAAGCGACUUUCUUUACUGUUGUUGCUUUCUACAAUUCCAAGUUGCAUUAUAUCGUUUCGUUUCCUCUUUACUGUAUACGAGCCAGAGUUUCAUUGCGACGUACCAGCGGCCUUAUCCGAGAAUUACACCAACGUAACCGAAUCUCAAUACGAAUAUCUAUUAAACGCCACCGUUCCUUGGACCACCAACGAUAAGCAAGAAUUAGUGCGAAGCGAGUGUUUCAACUACGACAUACCCAAUAUUGAUGCUUUAAGAAACGAAAGUGGAACCGGGUACUGGGUAACAAACAAUACGUCGCCAUGCGAACGAUGGCGAUUCGUACAAGAUGGGGUUAGCGCUCUUACUGAGUUCGAGUUUUUAUGCGAACGCGCAUGGAUGAAGCCUUUCACGUUCACAGUCUACGCAGUGGGAAAAAUUUUCGGUACGUGUGCAGUUGGUCCAACAUCCGACAAAUUUGGUCGUCGAGUUGUAUUUCUGGUCCUCAUAGCUUUGCAGUUUCUUGCCUUGUUGCUGCUCAGUUUUUCAACUAGCGCUCCCAUGUAUAUGUCCGUCGUGGUUUUGACUGGAGUUGUGGAUACGGUUUACCCACUAGCUAUUUCACUAGGUACAGAAUUUGCUUCGACCGAAAAGCGAACGUUUAUCACAUUCUGUGCCCAAAUAGGAUACUCCCUUGGCUUCCUAGUUUUAACGUUUCUCGGUUACUUCUUCAGGGAUUGGAGAUGGCUUUUACGAGCUUUCAGUUUUACAGCAAUUUUUUUUAUCCCUUACUAUUGGCUGAUCGACGAAUCGCCACGCUGGCUGUCAUCGGUUGGUCGUGAAGAAGAAUCUCAAAGGAUUCUUUCGAAAAUCGCAAAGUUGAACAAAACGCACAAUAUUCCUACGCAUGAUCUCGAGAAAUUGAAAACAAAUCUUUCUGGUUUUCCCGAAAAAGAAAAAGUGAAAAGUCUUAAAUUUUUCGAGGUGUCGAAGUUGGUUCUGAAACAACCGGUGUUGUUGAAAAGAUUAUUUAUCGUCUUCUUUGCAUGGUACUGCACCAGUUUGACGUAUUAUGUCAUUGGUCUAAACUCCAACAAUUUGUCGGAAAACCGAUUUUUGAAUCUCUGUUUAAUGGGACUUGUCGACAUUGCUGCAACGGUGGGUUAUUAUCUAAUCUCCGCCAAGAUCGGAAGAAGAAACAGUUACGUCUUUAUGAUGCUGGGCCUUGCAUUGCUGUCAGCAAUUACACCUUUCGCCCAUAAAUUGAGCAUAGUACUGGUUGUUGUUAUGGUGUGUGUUUGCAAGUUUGCAGCAUCUCUCCUCUUUACUGUCAUCUUUGUUCACACCACCGAGUUGUUUCCAACGACACAGCGUCAAUCUACCCUUGGCAUCUCGAAUGCCAUGGCAAUAAUUGGGUCACUUACCGCUCCGUAUAUCUUGUUUGCAGGCGAUCCAACGAGGGUUAAAAUAAUAUCUAUUGCAAUCGGAGCUGUCCUUUUGGUAUCUUCAGCUUUGUACAGAUUGCUACCAAAAACCAUCAAUGUAUCGUUGCCUCAAACUAUGGACGAUGCCAUUGCGAUGGGAAGCCAACAUCGGCCAUUCUUUUUUUGUUUAUAGGACCGACACAACUUGCUUGAAACUUCGAAGAGCAAAAAGCAACAGAGAUGAAGAAGUAACCCUAAACUAAACUAUAUUUACACCGUGUUUGGGUUUUCCACCAAAAACUAUAUGCUAAAAGUAUACAUUUACCCACACACUGUAUACGCGUUUAUAUCCGUACUCGGGUAAAGAUUCAUUCAAAACAAAUAUUCAGAUAAUACAGCAUGGUGAUAUUGACGUCAAGGAUUUUAAACCACUAUUAUACAUGCAGUGAGGUAGGGGAAAACGGGACAUCUUUUCAUUCUAUUUUCCGGUCUCGUUUAAAAGUUAACAAAGAACAUUCGAAGAAUUAUAAAAUUGUAUCGUCACGGCUCUCG